GCCUGAUAAGGGAGGACCUUUGAACUAACGGCUGUCUGCUGUUAGCUCCUUCAGGAGCUUGCCUCUGGUUAUAUCGUCCACUGGGUUAUUUGCAGAGUCUACACAUCGUCAUGAGUCCUUGGCAGUGAGUUCUUGCAUCUCUGCAACUCGCGUUCCUACAAACAAGAGUGCAGCCAUGCAAGAAGGGUCGUUGAAUCGGACCACAGUGCGACCUGGUGGAUAGGAACGAGAAGCAGCCACACCCAAACGAUCCCUCUGCCUUCUCUUGAGUGUUAAACCAGAGAGAGAGACCUGAGCAGGACUUACAUCCUCGCAGACCUCGAUCCCUCUGCCUCCUCAUAAGCCUUCAGACAAGACCAGCACACGCACCGCCUGCCAACAGGGGCGUCAAACACUCUUUGACAAAGGCAUGGGGACGUGGAGGAAGCUGCUGAUUGGCCUGUUCACCGCCAGCUCCUUGAUGCUUCUCUACCUGUGUGUACACCUGGAGAAGCUUACAUCCUGGUCCAUACACUCCCGGGAACACCUUCAAGUCUUCACUCUGGGAGAAAAAAGAUAUGCGAGCAAACAUGAUCAAAACACAGAGAGUCCAGAGAGCGAGCCGUCUGCCCCCGUCCAUGGAGCCUCUGACGGACGUCCAAGUCUUCAUCCAGGGAGCAACUCACAAGUCACUGCGGAGCCUUUUGGCAGAGAGAGUGAGCGCAAUGAUAAACACGCACGGACCACCCAGACUCCGACUCUGAAGUGUCAGACAACACCAACCACUGAACACAAAGCAGCAGAGAACAACAGAGUCCUGAAUGUCUCAAAGGCCAGUUCCGGGCCGGUUGAAGGCUCAGACAAAACAACCAGAACUAUGUUCAGCACCAAAGCUCCCAUAGUGAAGCCUCAGAGACCCGCAAAGGCAACCAGGUCAAAAAAAGAGCCAGCCUUCAUUGGAGACAGUUACCUGAGUGAAGACAACCAGCUACAGACACUCUGCUCAGACGGUCUCCAAAGUCGGGUCAAGAAAUCUGAAUUUGGGGAGCGGUAUCUGAACAACAUCCCGAUCCUGAUGCUGGCUAAACAUGCGACUCCUGAGCAGUAUCAACGGCUAAAGAAGUACACACCAGUCCACGGCUGGAGCGGGAUCAAUUACACAAUGCUGGUGGAAACUCUUUCCCUCCUCAACUCUUCCGCUAACUUGCAGAUGUUUGACGACUGGAAGGACCACAGUAAGAACUCCGAGUGUGUCCGCUGUGCUGUGGUGGGGAACGGGGGGAUCCUGAAUAACUCAAAGAAAGGGGAGGAGAUCGACAGUCACCACUAUGUCUUCAGGACAAACGGGGCAAUCAUUAAGGGCUUUGAGCAGGACGUGGGGUCUCGGACCACCCACUACACAUUCACCACCACCACACUGAGUAACUCGUAUAAAAGGUACAAAGGUCUUGGCUUUAAAGGACCCCCUUUGUCUAAGGAAACACGAUAUGUGAUGCUGCCAUCUCAUGAACGUGAUUACCUGAUGGUGAAGGCCGCGGUGACACACACCCGAGUGGAGAGAGGGAGAGACCGGGGAAAAGAUCCAACCAAAAUGUUUGGAAAGGACGUGUCAGCUAAGAAGUUGAAGAUGCUUCAUCCUGAUUUCAUGCGUUACCUCCGGAACAGAUUCCUCCAUUCUAAAUAUCUGACCGCUAGAAAUGCGAGAAAUUACCGUCCGUCGACUGGAGCUGUGAUGCUGCUGGCUGCACUGCACACCUGUGACGAGGUGAGUGCGUACGGCUUUAUGACUCCGGGCUACGAGAAGUUCUCCAGGUACUACUACGACAAAGGCCUCCGCCCGGUAGGCUUCACCACCAACCACGACCUGAAGAUGGAGCUGGUCCUCUGGCAGCAGCUGCAUCAGGCGGGGCUCAUGAGACUCUACAUGCGCGAGUGAGACGCACGCCGACCGGAGAUGACGUCUGUAGAGAGUAGAAAAAAAGUUUACAUUUUACAAAGACCAGAUCACACAAUGCACCUGUGGUUUUUACUGGUGAUGGUAAGGAUAUUAAGGUUGUAAACUCUGAUUGACGAGUCCCUUUGCUGUCACACCACGUGUGUUGGUCCUAGGGAAAAAACUGAGAGUGUUUUUACUUUAGAAACAAGUCGUUCUUUUCCUUAAAUUUUAAGUUUUCCCUGUCUUAGACUCUGGUGAUCUUUUCUUUGUACAUGCACGCCUCUGCUCAGUGUCUCCAUAUGGUUGAUGCAUCCUACCAAGCGUCCUCGAGGUUUCAAAACAAACCGUAAGCGCUGACUCAGCAUUGUGAGUUGUACUCUCGGGUUGGAUGGCAUUUCAUCAUGAAGGAAAGUACUGGACAGUAAUCCUGCGUUCUCAGAAACUCUUUAUGCUUUCUGUCCCAAACGCUCGGACAGAAACUGGGAAAAGGGGCUUUUGGGUAUUCUGCACCCUCAUCAAGGAGUCUGUUGCAGAACGACUUGAAGCUCGAGGAGCUGAAAUGAUGGAAGCAGAUUCUACAGGGUGUCGAUGCUUUUUGCUUUUAGCUUGAACUACUGACUCAAAGAUGUGACUCCAAGGUGGUUCUCUUUGAUGCAAUCUAGUGUUUUGUAAAUUGUGUUUUGUAAAUGGACUUGUUUAGUUAUGUUCUAGUCUUCUGACUUCUCAAAGCGCUUUUACACCGGAGGUCACACCUACACAUUCACACACUGAUGGUGAAGCAGUGGGAGCAACUUGGGGUUAAGUGUCUUACACAAGGUCACAUCGGACAUGUGGCUGCAGGAGCUGGGGAUCGAACCCUCAACGAGAAACAAAACCAAAAACAAGCUACAAAUCAGGGAUGUGUGUGUAUGUUACUAAAAGGUUGUUUUUUUUGUUUGUUUAAUAUCGAAUUAGAUGAAGGGAUCCGGUCAUCUGAAGUUGUUUUAUUUCAAAGUGCAAGAGGGGAAACGGGAGACCUUUAAAGUGCAAUUUCUGAAUCUGAUUUUCACCUUUUUGAAUAAAAAUCUGUGGUAUGUA